AUGUCUUUUUAUCAUAAUAAUGAUGGUUCAGUAGUGCCAAUACUGAGUACGAACGGGUCGGAAGAUGCCUUGCGGAAGAGAAGGAACAAUUCGUUGAAACCCUUCAUUCAACAACAACAACAACAAAUAUUCAUACCGGACAUGAUUCCCCAACGCUCUAUGGUUGCUACUGCUUCUUCUCAUAAUUUAAGAAAAAGCACUCAUUCCGAUGUUUCAAUGAAACCAACAGGAACAACAACAUCCUUACAAAUUUGGUCUCAUCAUGUUGAGAGAAUUAAAUUAUUAUUAAGACAUUUAUUUCCGAAUUUGAUGAAUAGGGAGUCUACACGGAUGAGCGAAAACGGUUUUGAAUCCACGAAGAAGAUUGAAACAGAAGAUUAUUAUUGCAGUAGUAACGUGAAAGCCUUUCCUUCUUGUUGUUGUUGUACUUAUUUACUUCUCGUUGGAAAUACCGGAGAUAUGAGUGCGUGCUCGGAUUUAUCGAUUUGUAAUGCCAUUAAGGAUUACUCUCAUAAUUUUGAAAAGUAUUCAAGAUGUAUUAUUAAUGUACAUAAUGAUUUGUUUCACUUUUUAUAUUUUGUAAAAAACGUAGAGAAGAUGUAUGGAGACAAACUUGAUGUGAUGGAUCUCACGUAUAAUAUGAUUUGUAAUUAUGAAUAUCAAAAGACGAAAGAAUUAAUGAAAUUUUUCAAUGGAAAGAAUUAUGAAAGAAGUUUGAAAUGCAUGAAAGAGCAUUCUGUGCUUUCAUUGAAUAUCAUUUACUGGAGUGGACAUGGUGAGAAUAACCUAGGACUUUCUUUUCCAUCUUUUCAGUAUAUGAGCUUUGAAGAAUUUUUAUCAAUAUUCGCAAAUCAGAACUCUGAGAGUAUUUCAAUUCCACAUUUGUUUGUGAUGGAAUGUUGUUUUUCGAACGAAAAAGAAAUUUUUAAUUUUGUUCAGAAGACCAGACAUCACAACAAGCCAUUUCCAUACUUGUUUCUGUGUAGCUCAAUAGAAAAAUCUGGAGGAUGGAUUUGUGAUGGAGUGGAUAGUAAUGGUAUCAUGACAAAUUUUCUGACGGAUCCUGUUUCUUCGUUUUUUAAGGUGAAAUACAAGAUAUUCUUCGAUUUGGGAAACAACUCUUCGGAAUAUUUUCCAUAUUUCAAUGCCAAGGUGAAGCGAAAAUUUUACUCCAUUAUUGAUACUUGCCUCAGUGAAGUAUUUCCAUUGGUAUAUCCUGUCGAAUUUGUUAAUUUUAUUGGAGCUCAUCUUUCAUUUCUACAUUCGAGCAUGAUUCGAUUAUUGUUCAAACACUUUAUUUUACUGCAUUAUUAUGUGGACAAAUUGUAUCAAAGACAAACUCCAUUCUCAUAUCCACCUAUUUCAACACAUGUCUUACGAGAUUUAAAAGUUGUAACCUUAUUUUCUCAAAUGGAAGACAAUAUUGAUUCUCUUUUAAUUGAUACUUUCAGAAACACUCAAAUAUAG